GUCACUGUGGGGACAACAUCGUCGAUGCACUUAUUGAUGAAGCCGGUGAUUGAGGAGUAUACCACCUCAAAUGUCAUUUAUUUUACUGACAUGGCCAAGGGCUACUGGCACAAUAUAGAACAGAGCAAUAAAACGUUCUAGGUGCCUGCUCAUCUGCAAUAAGCAAUAUUAUGAUAUCAUCUUCCAAAGUCAGGCAGUUGCUGGUUCAUUGGCUUGAUACAGUAAGGCCUUUAUCAAUUAUAUUACAAUUAUAUCACUAUAUAAUUAAAUGAUUUGGUCUCAGAUUUACAAUCCCUUAGCCUAUGCUAAAUGGAUGCACUUGACUUCAUAGUUUGUGGAAACAAACACAACUGUAUUAUAAUGUUUUUUUUUUUUUUUUUUUUUUGUAGACAGACAAUAACCCCUUUACCCGACAGUCUAUGAAAAAUAGUAGCAUCUUGGUGCGGUCUUAGACGCCAGAGAACAGAUGCGGACGUUAGAAUGGGCUUGUUCAUGAGACACAUUGGCUUUCCGAGCAACGAUAUCAAACUUGUACAACGAGAUACCGGAAACAUUUACCGUAGUGCAAUGUAUAAAUGCACACAUUUAACUUCAGUCUGAGUCACACGAACUAAUACUGAUUUUUAAAUCGAAGCAUUUGAAAGUGUUGUAUGUUGCGAUUGUUAAUUUACUUGUUUUGAAUUUUGAACGUCUAGUAGACUACGUUUUUUUUUGUUAGAAAAUGGUGGGCCGUGUUUUUGGUUGUACUAUGGUAUUGGGUAACCUGGGAGUGGCUCCAGUCCACAACAGACACACAAUGGAUAGACAGACAGGAUUGAUACAAUAUUACCACUGCUUGGUCGGCCUUUUGAUACUGUAGCUCGUAGGCAAUUGAUAACAUGGUUUAGUGACUGUAAAAUCGUGUCAUUGCAGUGUGUUUUCAGUGGCCAAUGUUGCUAUAUCGAGGUUGCUAACGUUGUUAGCUAGCUUUGCUAACAGCAGUGAUAUUGUUUUGCCGAAAUCUCUAGCUGGCUAGCCUACCUCCACGUUAGCGAGUAGUAACACCUGAGGGAAAACUGCUUUUAUACUACGAGAUAGCUGCCUUUCAAAGAAUAUGGAAACCACUUUUGAUGUAAACCAUCUUUUCCCUGAAACGAUUACAGUUUUGGACCAAAACCUAAUUGCAGGUGGAAAAUCGCUGGGAAGGUCAGAUCCUCAACCCCAAAUUGCAGCAGUCAUUGAUGAACUUGGAAGAGCCUCAGCCAAGGCCCAAUACCUGACAGCCCCAAUCACAAGUGCAUCCAAGCUGCAGACCAACAAGCACCAUCUCUACCUGCUGAAGGACGGAGAAAGCAAUGGAGGAAGGGGACUUGCGGUGGGGUUUCUGAAGGUUGGCUAUAAGAAGUUAUUUCUGCUUGACCAGCAGGGGGCGCAUGUCGAGACAGAGCCUCUGUGUGUCUUGGAUUUCUUUGUGAAAGAGAACCUUCAGAGGCACGGCUACGGACUGGAGCUGUUUAGCUUCAUGCUGCAGCACAAAAAGGUGGAGCCAGUGCUGAUGGCUUACGACAGGCCCUCCCCUAAGUUCCUCUCUUUCCUGGAGAAGCAUUACUGUCUGAAAAACAGUGUACCUCAGGUCAAUAACUUUGUGGUGUUUGACGGUUUCUUCGCCAAAAGAUCAGCGGCCCAGUUGAGAAAGGUUCCCCCCAAAAAGGCGGACGGAGAGAUCAAGCCCUACUCGCUAACGGAGAGAGAAGCUGUGCGAGAGGAGCAGAAGGCUCUUCCCUGGCCUUUGUGUCGCCACGCGGCUCCUCCCCUCUCUCCCCCAUUGUCGGUAUCCUCCCCGUGCUCCCCAAGCAGGGGCCGCCAGCGUCCCGAUCCGGCCCUGGCCCCGGCACUUGCCCCUGGGGGCAACAGGGGCCCGAACCCUCACCCCCCACUCAUCAACAGCCUCAACUGCAGGGCAAAGCGCACCAGCCAACAGGGCCUGGUUGCCAGGGACAACCUCUACAGCCGCCACGUCAACACCCGGGGCUUUGGGCUGUUGUUGGAGCCAAAGCCGAACACCUUCAAACUGCCAGGUUUGAGACCAGUGAUGAGAGACAGAGAGACUGACAUAGGAGGACAGAGAGAGCCACUGGGACACAGAGACAGGAAAGAGCCGCUCCGAGCCCAGACCACCAUGAUGACCACCAGAGAACCAGACAGACAGGCCGAGACGGAGACCAGGCUGCUGGAGAAGGGGCUCCGGAUGGGGGUAGGGGGAGAGCCCUGGCCAGGGAGGGGUGGAGGAGUAGGAGGAGGGCCCCUGGAGGUGGUUGAGAAGGGACCAUCGGAGGCUGAGAGGGACAGAGGUAGAGGAGGAAGGUCCUGCGGAGUAGGACCCCUGGAGGUGGUUGAGAAGGGACCAUCGGAGGCUGAGAGGGACAGAGGUAGAGGAGGAAGGUCCUGCGGAGUAGGACCCCUGGAGGUGGUUGAGAAGGGACCAUCGGAGCCGGUGAGGGACAUGGGGACAGGAGGGUGGUCGUGGACGCUGGGAGAGAGCUGCUGUAACACAACCCAGUGGGUCAGGCAGGAGUAUAGAAACACCAGACCCUGGUGACGCAACAUGGACAGACGGACAAACAGACUGAUGAUUAGGGAUCAAGAGAAACAGGGGGAGUGGGGAGAAAAGAGAUGAGAGAAGAAAACCACAUAUGGAUACAGAUGAAGAGAAUAGAGCGAUAAAAGAGAAGAAAGCCAAUCCUCCUCCACUUCCCUUCAUCCCUCUUUCCUGAUCACUAAUUAGUGGUUGUACGUUUAUAACAAGACAGAAUGAGUGAGGGGUUUGGUUGGUACGCAACAAUAGUCAGCCAGAUGUCUCUGAUCACUGAGUGUUGUAUCUGUCCCAAAUGGUGCACCGUUCCCUAUUUAGUGCACUACUUUCUACCAGAGCCCAGGUCAUCAUAGGGUGCCAUUUGGGAUGUACAUAGACAGUGUGAGAGUGUAACAUGAUGGGUUACAGCACAAUGAUCAGAAUCUGCCAAGGCAAUGGAGCUAUGCUUGAAAUUCCAUUAGACUUGAGUUUACCAGACAUAUUUUUUGCCACUUUAAUUCAUUUCGUUGUAACUAUUUCAUUCAAAUGUAUUUUUUUUUCUUUUAAUCUGAAGAGAAAGUAUUAUGCUAUGAAUGUCAAUGUUUUUUUUUUUUCUAGAAAUAAAUUGGCUACACAGACGGAUCACAGAAA